UAAUGCAUGAUUGAUCCAUUUAAUUAUAUAGUAAUGUGCAAAAAUAAGCAUGCAUCUGACAAAGAAAUGAUUGUUUCGUUCUUCCUUACUAAUGAAAACGGAAUUAUUUUUUCUAUUGCUGUGCUUUCUACAAUAUAUAGACCACACAAGAUGUCACUGUACGUUCCCUGAAGCAUUACAAGCACUCUGGGAUAGUAGUGAAUAUGGAACAAUUCUCAUCAAUUCCAGUACACUAACAUUGGAGAAACAUUCGUUCAGAAUUGAUGGAUCCACAAGUUCAACUGUGUUUGAUUGCUUCCUUGGUCAGUCAUCACCAGAAUAUUAUCUAAUCAGAAAUCACCACCCAUUUGAAGAUCUCGGGAAAACUGGAUAUCUUUAUAUAUGUUUAUCAUUCACCCGAGUUAACGAAAAUUCUUACUACUUUUAUUUGCGGUCAUUGGAAAACAACAGAUUUGCCAAUGAGCGUGUUAGUUUUUGGGAAACAGGUGUAAAUCCAGACUUUGGAACUGAGUGUACUGUAACCCCAACAACGGCAGAGUUCAACAGUAUGGUCAAAGUUGGUUAUUCAAGUUCGUCGAAGACAUACUGUAUGGAUCCACUCCUUGGUAACUUUUACUAUUCCUUGACGUCGGCAACAUUUACAAAUGUUUGUAACGGGGAUGGAAAUAGUCUUUUGACUGUCUGUGAAAACAGACAAAACUUAACUUUUGACCUAAAUCUACACCAGCAAUGUACUUCAUCAACAUCGUCAGUUAUGUUUACUGCUGAAGGUAAUUUGUAUUGUGUAUCAGCCAUUACACCAGACUCCACUGAGGGAACUUAUUAUUCCGGUUUAUACAAUCCAGGCUCUGUAAAUGAUUUGACAACAUUUCGUUUUAUUUGCAUUGCUGUGAGCAUCGUUGAUACAGAAAGGAGAUUAACAGCAAGUCCUGGACGUUGUGAGAAAGACCAGAGUUCAACUAUAAAGCCAAAUGAUGGUGAAUUAUAUGUUAUGACUGCUAAAACCACUUGUCGUAAGUAUUCAGAUUUACUAAGAUAUCUCUGUAAAUAAAUUGAAUUGUCAUUUCAUAAGUAUUCAUUUGUUUUAAAACAUAGGAUUAUAUCGAUCCAUCAUAAAGUAAAUGAAGCCUAUUGUUAAACAACUUCAAUGGUUAUUUUUUUUUGCAUUUUCCAUAAGACUUAUUUUCUCAAGUAAAUCUGUUUGACCCAGUCGUAUGAGAGGUUUCAAAUUGACUUACAUUUAAAUCAUUCCAAAAUAUACAGUAUUUUCAAAUCCACAAAGCAAAAAGAAAGUUUUUAGAUGUAUGUUUUUUUUUUAAACUUGACACUCAACAAAUGACUAAUAUGCUUCUUUUUUUUAUUUGUAUUCGCGACGAUUUUUUUAAUUUGUUAAAAUCAGCCAAAUUAACGCCUCUUUAAAUGUUUAU